AUGGCGAUCAUAUCACUCUUCCUUAUUUUCGCAUUUGGAGGUCUACAUUGUAAAACUGUGUCUUUGGAUCCCAAGACAAAGAUUGCGGUUCCUGAAGACAGAUACGGGCUCCAUGCAAUUGACAUCUUGGAUCCUGAUAUGGUCAUUGGGCGUGAUUGUGUAUAUUAUUUCCACGACAUGAUAGUUGAAAUGCUCAAAUGGGGUUUCCAAGAGGGGAAAACACUGUUUGGUUUUGGAUAUGAUUUCCGCCAGAGUAACAGAUUCCAGGAAACAAUGGAUAGCUUGGCAGCAAAACUGGAGUCCAUAUUUACUGCUUCAGGAGGCAAAAAGAUAAACAUAAUAAGUCAUUCAAUGGGGGGUGUUCUGGUGAAAUGCUUUAUGUGCCUGCACAGUGAUAUCUUUGAAAAAUAUGUGAAGAAUUGGAUAGCAAUUGCUGCACCAUUCCAGGGUGCGCCUGGAUAUAUUACGUCUACCUUUCUGAAUGGUAUUUCAUUCGUGGAAGGGUGGGAGCAGAACUUUUUCAUAUCAAAAUGGAGCAUGCAUCAACUGCUUAUUGAAUGUCCUUCAAUAUAUGAAUUGAUGGCUUCUCGUGAUUUCCACUGGGAUCACACUCCACUUCUAGAAUUUUGGAGACAGAACUGUGAUAGUGAUGGAAAUUCCUAUGUUAUGCUGGAGUCCUAUCCCCCAGAAGAAAGUGUGCCAAUUUUUAUGGAAGCCCUUUCAAGCAACACGGUGAAUUAUGAUGGGGUGGAUAUCCCGUUACCCUUCAACUUAGAGAUCUUGAAAUGGGCUAACGAGACUCGAAAGGUCUUGUCCUCUGCUAAGGUUCCACCUCAAGUUAAAUUCUACAAUAUAUAUGCGACAAAUCUUGAGACACCUCAUAGUGUGUGUUAUGGAACUGAGAGGGCACCCGUCACAGAUUUACAACAAUUACCAUUUUUGCAGGGUAGAUAUGUAUGCGUUGAUGGUGAUGGGACAGUUCCUGUGGAAUCUGCAAAGGCGGAUGGGCUUAAUGCAGAAGCAAGAGUUGGAGUCCCCGGUGAGCAUAGAGGAAUCCUGUGUGACCGUCAUGUCUUCCGGAUACUUCAACAUUGGCUGAAUGCAGGGGAUCCAGAUCCUUUCUACAAUCCUGUAAAUGAUUAUGUGAUUCUACCCACCUUAUUCGAGAUUGAAAAGCACCAAGAAAAGGGAUUACAAGUAACUUCGCUCAAAGAGGAGUGGGAAAUCAUCGUGGAUGGGCAAGAUGACGAAGAAACUAAGCCAUUGGUCAGCUCGAUCUGUGUCUCUAAUGAAGCAGAUGGUCAGCAUAUGCAAGAAGAGGCUUGUGCAACUGUCAUAGUUCACCCUCAGAGUGAGGGUAGGCAGCAUGUUGAACUGAAUGCUGUGAGUGUGACAGCAAGUGCCUAAACUGUGUAUAGGGGUUGAAUUGUUAUAUCACAAUGUGGAAGAGAGGGUGCACUGUGCUCGGGGUUGGACUGUUUGUGUGUGCCCAUGUGUAUAUAAAUGUGUUUGAACCCCCUAAACAUCGUGUACUCGAAUGAGAGUGACACGCAACUCUAUUUGUAUAUAUAUAUAUUCUAUUACAUAUAUCCUGUGUGUGCCUCGUUCUCUUC